AUUGGCUAGAACUUCAGGCGUUUGUGCAGAAACAUUUCACCAGUUCAACAUCGACAUCCGAAGUUUCUAAAUCAUUUAUUUUAAGUAAAGUCUCCAGAAGGAUUUUCUGAAAGGAAUUGUUUCUCAUGCAAAAGGAAGGAUGCGGCAUGUACUGCUUUUGCUCCUUGGAGCUCAUCUUGCCUCUGCUGGAACACACUCUCUGAGAUACUUCUUUUCUGCUGUGUCUGGAAUCAGUGACUUCCCAGAGUUCACUAUUGUUGGUCUGGUUGAUGAUCAGCAGUUUAUGUAUUUUGACAGUAACAUAAAGAAAGCUGUGCCGAAGACAGAGUGGAUGAGACAGAGUGAGGGAGCAGAUUACUGGGACAGACAGACUCAGAUUGGUAUUGGCCAGCAUCAGGCCUACAAAAACAACAUCCAGGUCGCAAAGGAACGCUUCAACCAGACAACAGGUGUGCACACAGUCCAGGUGAUGUACGGCUGUGAGUUUGAUGAUCAGACUGGAGAAACAAAUGGGUUUCGUCAGGAAGGUUAUGAUGGAGAGGACUUUCUGUAUCUGGAUCUGAAGGAGAUGAGAUGGAUUACUCCAGUGAUGCAAGGAAUCCCCACCGUACAGAAGUGGAACAAUAACAGAGCUCUUCUUGAGGGUAGAAAACAUUACUUCAACACUGUGUGCAUCGAGUGGUUGAAGAAGUAUCUGCAGUAUGGAAAGAGCAGCCUGAAGAAAACAGCUCCUCCUCAUGUGUCUCUGCUGCAGAAGUCUUCCUCGUCUCCAGUCACGUGUCAUGCUACAGGUUUUUACCCCAGUGGAGUAAUAAUCUCCUGGAUGAAGAAUGACCAAGAUCAUGAUGAGGAUGUGGAUCUUGGUGAACUUCUUCCCAAUGAGGACGGGACCUUUCAGAGGUCGAGCACCAUCAUAGUUACACCUGAAGAGUGGAAGAAGAACAAGUUCAGCUGUGUGGUGGAGCACCAGGGCAAAACCAUGACAGCGAAUGAGAUCAGGACUAACCCGGAACAUCCACAGACAGCAGAUGGAAAUGAAGAAGCUGAAGUCCAGCCGUGUACUUCCCAAUCCACUCGUUGUACCCCUUCACAGAGGCGCACCGGUGCACAAGUCCUGACCGACGAGGUGCUCACUAGUCAAGAUGCCCUCACACUUGCCGUUAAGGACGUGGCAGCUGGCCUACGGGAAAUAAAUGAGUCACUGAAUAAACUGAUAGCAUUGCUUGGCAGUCACAGAAGUGCAUAAAUGUGAAUUAAAUAUAUUCCCUAAAACUUUUUUGCAAUCAUUAAAGCACUUUUACAAAUUCCAUUUACUCAAUUACAGAAUGUGCACUGCAGCAAACUACAAAAGCUAUUCAAAAAUAUAGAAUGAGAUUAUAUACCAUUAUAAACAUUGUAUCAACUGAAAGCGUGCUUGAAGCGCUGCUUGGGCUGGCGCGUGCAUCUCAUCAGCGUGCCACAACGUUUAGUAUGUUACAGCUGGCAUCACAAUUUUUGUUUGUUUGUUUUCUUUUUUCUUUAUCUGAAAUCUCAAAUGUUGAAUGUUGGUCAAGUGUUUACUAUAAGGAAAAACCUUUGAGCAUCAUUAGAAAUAGACAAAUUUCACACGCGUGUUCUUAUUGCUUUUAGUAAGUUUACUACAUGAGUAUUGUUCAACACAGUCAAUGACCAUGUACUGUGCAAAUCAUUCAAUGUUCAAAAAGUUACACGUACUUGUUUAUACAGAGUACACUUACAAUCUUUAAAGUAAUUGAUGAGGCGUUAUUUUGUAUCAUUACACACUACCUUCCACUCCUCAUUUUUCCCGUUCAUGCCUUUUUCUUUCCCCCUCAGUUACGUUUUCUGUACCUCUUUUAUACCACUCAUCUUCCUUUCUUCUAGUUCUGUGUAAUAUUAGAGAAACUUCGAUGUUUAAUUAAAUGGAUGUUUAAGCACUUGUGUUCUUAAAUGGCUUUUUAAAACAUGUUUUCCUAACAAGAAUUUGUAUUCUCAAACCACUGUUAAAGCUUGUACAACAUUGCUUGAAUUUAUUUCAAUAAAAUUUUUACAUUUUUGAGCA